AUGAUACAGAGUAUGCUCAAUAGCUGUUUUAAUAUUCAAGCGCUCACUGGAGGAGCUCCGCCACGCAACACUACAAAUAAUCAUAUGCAAAUACAUGGCGCCUUUAAUGGAGAAUCCAGCUUACGGCCAAGAAAGAAGAAAAAGCCAAAACAUAAUAACAACACUGUUCGAAAUAUUCAAUCCAAAUAUCAAUCCGAAUAUUAUAAGACACAUGCUGACGAAUCGUCGAACCUGCCGCCGGAUUUAUAUGAAAACUCUUCGUGUUCCUCUGGAGGUUAUGAAAGUGAAGUAUUGUCACAAGCCUUUGAAUGGCUCGAUGAAGAUGCAGAUCCCCCAGGUGUGAAGGUAGAGACCCCAAUAAAGCAAGAGUUGACUAAUGCAGCUCCAGGACCUUCUCGUGACUGGGGCGGUGCCCUGGCACAUAAGCCUGUUAGACGCGAGGAAGACGAGCUUUAUAAUGAGAGUUUGUUGAAAUUGUAUGAAAAUGGGGAUUCUCGGGGCUAUAUGCAGACCAGUGUUACUCAGAACGAUUCGAACCUAUCGUUGAAUACAGAUGAUGAGGGGCAAGAAAGAUUUUCCCAGAUGACAAUUAAUAGAGGUCAAGCAGGAGUGAAAGGGAAGGGAACAGAGUAUAAACGUGGUCGUACAAUGCAUCCCGAAAUUAUCAGUGAGGACGAGCUCCAAUCAGAUGAGAUGGAAUCUUUACGAGACUAUUUUCAGAACGUGUCGGCCAAUGAUCCGGAUUACAUUAGAUCUUUGGAAGAUAAAGAAGCUGCCGCAUCGACUGAUUCCGAUUAUAGCGAUGAUGACUCGUCGAGCGUAGAUGGAAUCGAUUUCGAAGAACUACAGGCGAUGGGCAGCGAAUCGCGUAAUCAAGUAGUUGCCGAGAAUGCCAUCGGUUUUCGGGCGGUUUCAUCAGCUGUCUUCGAAGGUCCAGAAAACGAAUGGAACUGCUAUGGUUAUAAUACGUUGGAAGAAAUUUAUGAUGACGGUAAUACAGUUUUUCAUCAAAGCUCGGUGCAGACUAAUGGAGCGCAUUCUGGCUAUAAUGGUUUCACUUCUUAUAAUGAUAUGACAUUGUCUGGACGCGGAGAUUUUAAAGCACGUCUUGAAAGAGUCAACCUCAGAUCGGCCAACAUGCCUGCAAUGACAAAUUAUGAGAAUUACAUUGGCGCUUACAAAGGAGGCAAACGGAUGAAACAGUUGCGCAGAGACUUGGUGCUUCAACAGAUGUUUAGCACGGCGCGCCGCCAUGCGCAUGUAAUAGCAAAGCAUUAUCGUCUCGAAACAGAUUUUAACCACAGAGAGUAUUUUUGUUCCUUGACGAUUUAUAAGACACAGCUUACAAGAAUGCCAAAUAAUAUGGAACGAAUACACAAAUAUUUGGCAUUUGCAAAGAAAGAUUUGAAACGAAUUCGUCCAACAGCGAAAGUGAAAAACCCUGAAUUAUUGAAUAAAGUCAGACCACCGGCCGGGAGCAUUGUUGGAGCAUCAGCACCUCCGAUAUCUGCCAAGAAUAUUGGUCAUCAGAUGCUUUCCAAGUUGGGUUGGAGCGAAGGCCAGACACUUGGACGCUCGGGAGGAAUAGCCGAACCCAUAGAGGCUAGGGUAAAAGUCGGACGGAAGGGUCUUGGUGCAAAUGAAACGCGGAAGAUUUAG